AGCAAGAAGGCUUGUAGGUAGGUUUCAAGGGGGGGAACUGCGGGGAUGCAGAGGUAGGGGAUAUGUCCCUGCAGCCAAGCUCUGGAAGCACCGGUAGUCCCAACAGCGCAGAGAACUCAGCCAACUGCGAGGAUAGCCUUUCGCAGGAGGAAAUCAGUGAAGAGCACAGAUGCGCAUGCCCAGGCGACAUGGCAAAGAUUCCGACCACUGACACGUUGGCCUGCGUGGCAGGCGAUCGCGAACCUGCCGCCAAGGAUACGAAAGUGAGUGACGGGGACAAGAGAGAAGGCAGAGCUCCAAUGCACAAAAUUGUGGUGCCUCGGCGGUCGCGCUUACGCAGUCCGUCACCAGAAAACCUGUCUCCGAUCUUGGGGAGGCGAUCGCACAUCUCCUCGCGAUUGUUCAGCCCCGUUUCCCUAUCAGCACCGCGAGUAAGCUUGGGCGCACGAAACCGCCAGCCUCAGGCUGCGGCAUGUGAUGCUCCUUGUCCCCGGACAGGUAGCCCUUCCCGCCAGUUUUCCGGCACUUGCACCAGGAACCUGCGCUACUACUCUGAUCCUAAGGGAAGUCGCACUCCUCCACCCCCGGAGUCCGGGUACAUGCGAGAGACGCGCGUAUCGGUGGCCACCACCGGCAAAGGGCUUAAUGGCAAAAUGCCACGGCCAGCAAGGCAUAGCAUUGGCUCCUGCACAGGCACAAAGUCCCCAUAUGCAACCCCGCCCAUGCCUGGUGCAACACCUCCUGCACCCUGCACGACACCGACCGUGCCCCGCUCUGCCAGCCAGAGCAGACUCGGCGAAAGUCGUCGCCAAUCCAAGGGAGAGCAAAGCCCAGCCUUCCGGGAGCCCAAAGAUGAAGCAGGGCGCACCCAGCUUAUGCAUGCAGCACGGGCAGGCGACCUUAAUAAAACCCUUGCCCUUUUGCAAUGUGGCUCUUUUGUGGAUGCCAUCGACUCCUGCAAAUGCACUGCACUCAUGUACGCAGCUACCUAUGGACACGCAGCAGUUGCCCAAUGCCUGGCAGACCAUGCAGCAAAUGUCAAUGCACAGAGCCACGACAAGUGGACUCCGUUGAUUGCUGCCGCCUACAACGGCCAUAUGGCCGUGACGGAACUUUUGCUUUCUAGAGGAGCAAGCAUCGACAGCGCUGACGAACGGGGAUGGACUGCUCUGAUGCACGUGGCUUUCAACGGCAAGCUUGACAUCAUGAAGUGUUUGCUGGACCAUGGUGCACGUGCCGACCAAGAGGACAAGGAGGCUCGCACUGCUUUGGUCUAUGCAGCUUUUAGCGGCCACUUGGAGGGUGUGAAGCUCCUGCUGGCCAAUGCGACCCAGAGCAGCAAGAACACGUCCUGGCGAAUGGAUGGAACUCAAGAUGGAACUGCGGGCCUGGCGCUGAUGUUCGCGGCCGACAAGGGCCACAGCGACAUCGUGCGUGCCUUCCUGGAGGCUUCUGUGGCAUCCGCCCAAACCUUGCGCUCCGCGCUGGAGCUGGCAAAUUUUCAUGGCCAUCACGAGGUUGCAAAGCUCAUCCUUCUGAGUCGAAAGAUUUGACGGACGAGGAGGGUGAGAGAGGCUGAUAGGUCUCACGCAAAGUGCACUAGCCGAUGUGAGGGCAAUGCAGUCGGCGAGAACUUGAGCCA